AUGGAUACUCUGGAACCGAUUGUAGUUGGUUAUGGAAUUAAAAGAGAGGAUCAACCAAAGACUGUUUUAAUUAUUAAGGAAGGAAGUGUGGUGGAUGCCAAAGUUUAUGAAGGAGAGGAAUUGGAUUGGGAUAUUAGAUGUUCUGAGGAUAAUUGGAAACAUUAUAUGGUGAAGGGAAUGGGAAUGUCACAACUCGCUUCAGGAUAUGCUAUGGGUUGGCUUAAAUUUAUUAAAGGAGAUUACUUUAGCAUGAUUAAGAAUCCAAGAAUGAUUGGACCAUUCAUUAAGAGUUUUGAAUUGAUGAGCAAG